AUGACUGAAACUGUCUUCGGUAACGAAGAGGGUUCGCAAACCUUAUAUGUUAAUCCUGUUUUUGGUGGCUUUCUAAUAAAUUGCUGCUCAAGCAUGUCACAUCAAGCCUGGACUAUCGCGGACUUACCACACCGUCAUUGGAAAUUAAAAUAUUUACCUGACGAAUUUCGCGCUUGCGAUAUAAAAGAUGAAAACCACCCAUAUUACAGUUUAUUACAAACUUUUGACCAACUAAGAGACUUACGUUAUUAUACUGAUGACAUUCCUAUGUUGGUCAGCUUAGAGCCGAAGCUAAAACAGAUCGGCAAGAUCAUCGAUAAAUUGAUCGACUUACCUGGUCCUCAUGCUAAAGGAAUUUUUGACUUUACUGCUCUCUCAGCUUAUGUUCACACUAUUAAUGAUUUAUGGUCAAAAAGAAAUCAAAUGUUUAUGACUCCAAUAUGGAGGCAACCUUUAGGUUAUGAAAUGAGACAUUAUACAGAAAGUUUAGUUUAUGAUCCUGAAUUAUUCACACAACUUACUAAUAUUAACCUUAUAUUUGACUGGUGGCUGGGGAAACCUCAGUUCGAUUUUUGGAUCGGCAUUAUUGACCUAAAUUUUGACAUAUAUCCAACUCAAUUGGAGGCUUACGUUCAUUGGUACAAUGCAGUUUUCUUCCCGUUGAUGAAAGAUGUUACUAAAAAUCUUGACAAUCAUAAUGUAAAAUCGAAUAAUACGAUCGAAAAAAAUGAUAAUAAAUUAAUUAAAGAAAGUAAUAGUGAUUCUAGUGAGAGUGAGGACGAAGAAGAAAUUGAUAUUGUAGGAAACGAUAAAGAAAUUGAAAAAAUUGAAAAAGAAAACAAAAAAAUAAUUAGGCGCAUGAUUGAUGAUGAAUCUAGUGAUUAUGAAUGGAGUAGUUCUUCGGAUUGUUAA